AAAAAAAACACCGGAAUCCCAAAGUCCAAGAGAGGUUUUAGCUGAAUGAAUCUGAUAAACCCUGCCCAGAGACAAUAAUCCGAACUCCCUAAAGGUAAAGGUCAGUGUUAAUCUUCCUCAGUGUACUACUGAUGUUGUGAAUUGUUCUUCUUCUGUGACUUUAAAAGUUCAUUUUUGUAAGAAUUUCAUGGAGCCUGGUCUCUUGAUGUCUGCACACCAAGUUUUACCAUCAGCACCAUCCGUUGGUGUUUUACAAUUCCCUAGUCCAUACAAAGCCAAUUUUUUGAGAACACCUAGAUGUUAUUUGAGGUCUCCUGUGUCAGUAUGUGGAGGGAAUUUAGAGAAGACUGUAUUUUUGGGUGAAAAACUGAAUUUUUUAGGUGCAAGAAAUUAUUUUUUAGGUGGGAAUUUUGGGCAUAGGGCAGUAUUUAUGGGUUACAAAGUGGAUUUUGUUGGUGGAAAGAAGGAACUUUUAGGUGGGAAUUCCGGGAAGAAGACAGUGUGUUUGAGUGGUAGACUGGAUUUCGGUGGUGGAAAGAAUGAAUUUGCAGGUGGGAACUAUGAAUUUUCUAGGAGAAAUGUUGUAAAGGGUGGUGCUGUGAAGAGGAGGAAAGAGCUUUCCUUUGACAAUGUAAUUCAAAAGGACAAGAAGCUGAAAUUGGUCUUGAAAAUUAGGAGGAUUUUGAUGAGUCAACCUGAUAGGGUAAUGCAGCUCCGUGACCUUGGCAGGUUUAGGAGGGCAUUAGGUCUGGAAAAGAGAAGGCGGUUUAUAGCCUUGUUAAGGAAGUUUCCGGCAGUGUUUGAGAUUGUGGAAGAAGGGGUUUAUUCUCUUAGGUUUAAGUUAACCCCUGAGGCUGAGAGGCUUUACUUAGAGGAAAUGAGGAUUAAGAAUGAAAUGGAGGAAAUAUUAGUCGUCAAGUUGAGGAAAAUGUUGAUGAUGUCAGCUGAGAAACGGAUCCUUUUAAAGAAGCUUGCCCAUCUCAAGAAUGAUUUCGGGCUCCCUUUGGAUUUUCAGGACACGAUUUGCCGGCGCUACCCACAGUAUUUCAAAGUUGUUUCCACUGGGAGUGGUCCGGCUUUGGAGCUAACUCAUUGGGAUCCAGAACUUGCUGUUUCGGCUGCUGAGCUUGCUGAGGAGGAAAAUAGGGCUCGGGAGAUCGAAGAGAGAGAUUUGAUUAUAGAUAGGCCACCAAAGUUCAACCGGGUCAGGCUCCCUAAGGGUCUUAGUCUUUCUAAAGGAGAGAUGAGGAAGAUUUCUCAGUUCAGGGAAAUCCCCUACAUUUCGCCUUAUUCUGAUUUCUCUCAUUUGAGAUCCGGGACUAUAGAGAAAGAAAAACACGCCUGUGGCGUUGUUCAUGAAAUCUUAAGCCUCACUCUUGAGAAGAGAACGCUGGUAGACCACUUGACUCAUUUCCGGGAGGAGUUUAGAUUCUCUCAGCAACUUCGAGGGAUGCUGAUUAGGCAUCCUGAUAUGUUUUAUGUUUCUCUUAAAGGAGAUAGAGACUCGGUUUUCCUUCGUGAAGCUUAUCGCGAUUCACAACUGAUUGAGAAGGACCGGCUCUUGCUCAUUAAGGAGAAGCUUCGUGCCCUAGUUAAUGUUCCGCGAUUUCCAAGAAGGGGUGUGCCAAGGAAGACUGAUACUGUUGGGACUGAAGGAAGUGAACCUGAUCAGGAAGGUGGCAGUGGCACGGAAGAGGAGGAAGAUGAUUGGUCUGACAUGGAUAAUGUAGUCAAUGAUGAAUUUGAUGAUGAAGAUUUUGGCGAAGAUGAUGAGGAUUUUGAUGACAUUUUCAGCAACGAGGAAGAUGAUUUGCCCCCAGACUUCAAUGAUAAUGAUGGGAUUAUGAACCUUGAUCCCCAAAAAACAAGCAGAAAGGGUAAUAGUUCAGAUAAGAAAGAUGAAAAAGUUCAGGUUCCAGUUCUCCCAGAUGGCCGGCCAAGAGAACGCUGGUGAAAAUUUUGACAAUAGAACAGAUUUAUUGCUUAUCAGCAUUGUAAAUGAUAUAUUGCAAACCCCUUGAAGAAAGAAUGCGCUGAAAGCUCAUGCAUCUUCUUAGAUGACUUUUUCAGUUAGACCAGUUUUCUUCUCAUCCCGGUACAAGGUUGUUCAAGAUGUCACCCUUAGAUCACAUCUUUAUAUCCUGUACAAGGUACAAUGUUCUAGAUAACAAUUUUUGGGCAUUUGUUUGUCUCGGGCAUGUACUUGAAUCUCUAUCUUAAUUUUGAUGUUUUUCAAAAGAAUCUUUGGAUUUCUGUUGCCCAUUUUGAUAGUUUUAAUGAUCAUGUGUAUUGUAAUUCUCUUUCUUGGUCAUAAUGAUAAUCUCAGCUACG